AAUAAUCACAUUUACAAUCGUACGAAAUCCUAAUAAUUCAUUCUAACAAUUUGUAUUUAGUUUGUGAAAAGUAAUCCAAUGCAGGAUUAAAUAAAACCUAUUUUCUUUUCGUGUAUCGGUUCACCCGCCAUCAAAUACAGGCACUUCCGUUUUGUUGCAUUUGGUCUUCUUCCUCUCUCCGAUGGAACGUGAAAGAUACAUAUAUAAGAGUGCUCCGCCCAGAGGCUGUACAGUCGAAACUUAGUCAUGGUUGGGUCACUUGGUGCGAAGCUGCUGACACUUCUGAUCCUCCAGAUCCUGUGCGAUGGGCUAGAUGGUCAGCAGACGCUCCCCGCGCGUUCCCAAAGAUCUCUCCUUGACUUGCCGCACGUAGAAAGCCUGCCGCCCCUGGGCUGGAAUAGUGUGGGCGGGGGAUUUGGAGUGAGUGGUGGACUUGGAGUAAGUGGAGUGGGCGGGUGGGCCUACAAUCCCGUUGGCCUGGGCCACAUGAGCAAGGAUGAGCUGCUGACAUUGCUGGAGGCCUGGAAGGAGGUGGAGCAGGAGUCUGCCACUAAACCGGCCAUUCCGCCACCGGAAACCACCAGUCAGAGGCCACCACCUCCUCCUCCUCCACCAGCACUUAGCCCCCCUCCACGACCCAUUCCCAUACCCGUUUCCCUCCCUGGUCCGGAUCUUCCGUCCACUCCGCCGCUGCCUUCCGGAUCUCCCAUCACUGUCAGGCUACCGGCUUUUGUGCCAGUCCGUCUGGCUGCAGUGUUUACUCCGCCCGCCGAAACCGGAGCCGGUGCCGCGGAGGCUGGAAAUUCUCCCGGAGAUACUGAAGACAACAUGACCACCGACGGAGUAACGGAUGAGCAAAUCGCUCCGCGCCUUUUCCGCUUUAUGUCUAUGCCAGUGGUUCGCCAGAGGCCGCAAUCGAAUCCCCUCUCGCAAUACGUGGUGAGAAACACCCUAGACAGCGUGGAUGCGGACACCUCGCCGGUCCGGCACUUGGUCAAGCCCGAAGUCAAGCCCAAAGCAGAAGAAGCGGCAGCUCCUCCGGCUAUUUCGAGGGCAUCUGGCCAUCGGGCUCCGUUCUUCCGACCCAGAUUUGGUGUGCCCCCGCAUCUGGCCAACGCACGUUUCGAGCUGGUGCCCUCCUCCCAAGUUAUCGGCGACUGGCAAGAGUGAUCCCUGGAGUCAGCGAGAGAAACUGUUGCAUUCCACUUAUAUACCAAAAGAAUAGUUCCCGCAAUGGAACCGAGCAACUUCUGACAAAGGCUUCCAUUCUAGACUAAUUUUUUUUUUGUGUACCCAAAUAUAAUAUAAUAUAUAAAGAUAGUCAUAGGUUA